AUGAUGGACGAGGUCGGAUAUGGGCAGAGGGUAUGGAUUGGACAGGCGGAGGAUUGGAGAACAAGAUCUUUUCCUGUGUACGGUAAUAGGACUAGAGUGAGGGAAGACAGUUUGGCGAGUAUUGGCCCAAGUCGUAAUUGGGACCGGAGACAUCAACAUGAUCAAUCCGCUCAAUCAAACCCAAGGCCAGAUCAGAACCGUGCCACUGAAGGACCACAAGAUCAAGGAGCGGAAAACACCCUGAAGCUUUUACAUGACGUGAUGACCGAGGCACUUGGUAACCAAGGCAGGCGUACUCAACCCCCUGAAGUUUCCAAGCUAUUUUCUACCAUGAAGAACAUUGGAUCCUACAAGUUCAAAGGAGGAUCCGAUCCUAUUGAAGCCGGCAAGUGGAUUGCUAUGAUGGAGAAGAACUUUGAGGCUAUUGAGUGUCCGAAGGAGUAUCCGAAGAAGAUCGCGGUGUACUAUUUGGAAGGCAACGCAACAGGAUGUUGGGACAGCAUAGAGAGGCAACGUGGACAUACCAUCACAUCAUGGGAAUCGUUCAAGGGAGAGUUUGAGAGGAAGUACUUUCCUCCAGAAGCGAAGCAUCGGUUGGAGCGUCAGUUUAUGAACCUUGUUCAAGGAGAUAGGCCGGUAAGGAGUUACGAAUCUGAGUUCACAAGAUUGAGGCGACAUGUUUUUGAUGGGCGCGAAGAUGAAGCAACUAUGAUCCGUAACUUUAUGUAUGGAUUGAAGCCAGAACUUGGAAGUCGUUUAGCUGGAAGCAACUUUAGCAGCUUAUCGGAGUUGGUGGAAAAAGCUGUUAAUGUUGAGACUGUGUUGGAGGCGGAAAGGAAGACUAUACAACUUUCUGGUGGACACACCAAGUUUAGCAAAGGAGAAAGACCGAAUUUCAACAAGGGUCUAAGAUCUCACAAAGGCAAAGGGCGAGGAUUUGGAGGCCAAGCCAACAAUCGUGGAACAUGUCCAGACAAGCCAAUCCCUGCGACCCCUCUCGCGAUCCGAGCUCCUCCUAGCCGUCCAGCUAUUGAGCCAGCACCAAAGAAGCAAAACCUAAGAGGUAGAGUGUAUGCCUUAGGGGUAGAAAACCCAGACAAUGCAGGACCGUCAAGCGGUCCCAUCACAGGAAACAUACAUGUUGCUGGUAAACCCACACAUGUAUUGUUCGACUCGGGGGCAACACAUAGUUUUGUGACCCCUGAAGUAGCUGCCCGGUUUUGUGAUUGUUUUGUGGUUGACAGGAUAAACGUGGCCGUCUUGACCCCCACAGACCGAACCCUUCAAGCAGAUCAGUGUAUCAAGAAUGUUCCAUUGGUCAUUUAA